AUGGACACUUCAGAGCAAAGGGGGGAGGCGGAGGCGGAGGGGGGAAGGAAACCAAGAAUAAACACCAAGGAGGUGUCGGGGCUGGUCCGAGAGGCGCUGAUACCGCACCGCCUGGUCCUACUCGAGCUGCUUCUGCCUUGGCUGCUGGCCCAGAUGAACCAACUGGGCCUGUCCAAGCAGAUCACUCCCAGCUGCUUCCGAGCCCUGGCCAAGCGCUGCCUGGAAAUGUCCCGUCAGCCCAAGCUGGAGCCCCCUGGCCCUACUUCUGCUCAGCAAUAUCCUGUUGUUACCACUCUUCAGCCCGGCCCGGCCACCCUGGAUUUCUUCUACCCACAGCUGCAGCUGGGGGUGACUGUGCCGGUGCUGGUGACCCAGAUCUCCGACCCGCACCACAUCUAUUGCCAGCUGCAGAGCCUUUCCCAGGAGAUCCAGCACCUCUCGGACUCCUUGCACCAGAUGUAUGAGACGGCGGCCAGGCAGGAGCAGGAUCCGCUCCCCAAGCUGGGCUCCCCUUGCGCCGCAUGCAGCAUGUGGUACCGCACGCUGUUGCUGGAGAUCUUCCCCGAGGAGCAGAGUCGGCUGAUGGCCCAUGUGAUCUGCGUGGACCACGGCAGGAAGGAAUUCGUCACCAGGGCUAACCUCUGCUGCCUGCCCGUGGAGUGUUUCUGCAUGCCAGUAGUGACCUACCCUUGCGCCCUGCAGGGCAUCUCGGACGGGGGCUGCGGCUGGUCCCACUCCCAGCUCAGCGGGCUCAAGGCUCUGCUGCUGGGCAAGGCGGUGAGCGCCCGCAUCGAAGCCUACAAUCCCUUCGAGCACCUCUACUACGUGAACCUGUAUGGGGAGAACGGCCUCAACCUGAACUGCCUCUACGGGGUGCAGACCCACUGUCUGGCCCACAGCCUGCUGCAGGGCAGCCAGGGAGCGCAGGAGCAGCCGGAAGAGGAGGAUGCCGCCCCUCCUAAGGAGCCGGGGCCGCUGCCGGACACACUCCCUGCAACUGCGGCUCCGAGGGACCCGGCUACUGCCCACCUGCCAGGCGUGCGGGUGAAGGGGGGAGUGUUCUUCCAUGCAUGGGUGUCCUUCAUCAGAGACCCGUCCGAGUUCUGGCUGCGGCUGAAGGAGAAUGCCUACUAUCCGGCCGUUAUCACCAGUGUGCUGGGGCUCGGGGUGGAGGUGCACCUGGUGGAUAGAGGCAACAGGGAGAUCUUGAAUUCGGAUGAGAUGAAGGAGCUGCUACCUCAGUUCAGGGAGCUGCCUGCUGUAGCUCUGAAGUGCUGUUUAGCAGAUGUCUGUCCUCUGGGAGAGACAUGGAGUAAAGAGGCUGUGGCUCACUUUAAAAGGACAGUGCAGAGCAAAGAGCUGGUGAUCCGGGUGUUGGGUAUGCAGGGUGACAAGCAUGUGAUUGAAGUUCUUGAUCAGUCUCAAACAGGGGAGAAAAAUAUAAGCAAAAUUUUGUCCCAAGGAGACUAUGCAAAAUUCCAAGGGGCUGAUAUUCCAGAGACUCUUCAGAAGUUAUCUGCUCAGUCUCUGAGGCAGGAUCCCAAAGAACAUGCUGGCAAGGGGGAGCUAGUGAGUUCAACAUCAAGGAAGAGUGGAGUGCAAACCAAAACAGUAAGAGACAAUAUAGCACUGAAUCCCUCUAUGCCUUUGACAGUCAAAGACCAGCCUACUGCAGAAACUUGCCAUUUAUCAAGUGACUCAGUUCCUGAUGAAAAAAAAAUUAAGGGAAACCUAAAUCUGCCCUCCUCUCUUAUACAAUACAACUUGGAAAUAAAACCAGGAUCUCCUUAUGAAGGUCAGCUGGAAGUUGGUAGUACAGUUCAGGUGGUAAUAUCGUAUGCUGAAAGUCCUGGCUACUUUUGGUGUCAGUUGAGUAGAAACAAUCAAGAACUUAAGUCAUUAAUGGCUGAAAUUCAGGAUUAUUGCAAGACGUCAGCACAGCCACAUCAUUGGGCAAGUCAAGUGUGUUUAGCCAAGUAUUCAGAGGACGAGAAAUGGUACAGAGCUUUGAUUAUUUCUGUAGAGAAUCUCCGCUCAAUUAAUGCAAACUUUCUGAAAUUAAAGGCUCAGGCUUUCAGAUGCAACCUUUACAAUUUAAUCCAACCAAAUGGUCAGGAUCCUUUUGUUUAGGAUGAAAAAGCAAUCCUAGCUUUUCAGGAGUUUGUUGAUCUCAGGGCAGAUCAUUUGGAACUGAAGUGUACAAUAUUUGCUCUGGCUGCCAUAAACAAUAAAGAGCUGUUUAAUGUUGUGGAUUUAAUUACGCCUUUUCAGAGUGUGUGCCAUUUUUUAAUAGAGAAAGGGUUGGCCAGACCUGUACCACCUCAAAAACCUCUGGUAUCCUCCUUUCAGCUACACUCUUACUAUUAUUCUCCGCAUGACAUCAAAAUUGGAAGUGAAGAAGAGAUUUAUGUAACACAUGUUGACAAUCCAUUGAAAUUUUACUGCCAACUUGCCAGAAGUGCAAAUGUCCUAGAACAGCUCACAGAUAACAUUGGUCGACUAGGAAAAGUACUGCACAGUUUAAAAAUGUCACAAAACCCUGGAAACCUAUAUCUUGCAAGGUAUACUGACAAUCACUGGUACAGAGGAGCAGUUUUGAAAACCAAGCCUAAUAAAGAAGUCUUCUUUGUAGAUUUUGGGAAUACACAGGUGGUAAAGAAAGAAGACUUGAUUCCUAUACCCAAUGAUGCAUAUGAUAUCUUGCUUUUGCCAAUACAAGCCAUAAAAUGUUCACUAUCUGAUAUCUCUAAUGUACCAAAAGAAGCUACCACAUGGUUUGAAACCACUGUCUUGGAUAAGCCUUUAAAGAUGACAGUGGUAGCAAAAGAAUCUGAUGGAAAGCUGAUAGUUGAACUAUAUGAUGGCAAUAUUCAAAUUAAUGCAAAAAUGAAAGAGGAUUUAAGCUUAGCAAGAAAUAGAGAGUCUAACAAAUAUGUAGAAAAUGAAACUCUACACUCUAAAAACAUUAAUGCCAAAGAAGAGAGGAAUGAAAACAUGAAGUCAUCAGCAACAUACAUGAGAGAGUCCGAGACUAAAACUUGGAGAUCUGAAAUCCAAGGAGAAGAGUGCAAUACCAAGACCACUUUUGUAUGUAAGGAUGUAAAACACUUCCAACCUGCUGCAAAAAGAGAGUUGUCAAACAAGUUUCUAGGAUCUGUGGAAAGAUUUAACAGUAAUAACGUUUUUCCAUCAGCAAGUACUUCCUUAGUAGGUAAAGAAGUAGGUGAAAAUAAAUCUUUUCCCUUUAUAAAGAAAGAGAUAAAAUCUGAUACUGUUAAACCUGAUGCUGUUAAAACUAGAAAUCAAGGAGAAAAUAGUACACUUUUUCCACUUAAAAGCAUAUGUGACUUGCCUCCAAGGAACUUAGUGCCUGGUCUGAAAACUUCAGUAUACAUUUCUCAUGUAAAUAACCCUUCAGAUUUUUAUAUUCAAUUAGCAAGUGAUGAGCCUCAACUUAACAAUAUUUCAGAAGGAUUAAACAAUGAAACAGGAACAGAGGGUCUCGGUCAACAACAGGUACAAGUAGGAGACUUAAUUUGUGCUGUUUUUUCAGAAGACGGCUUGUGGUAUCGAGCUGUGGUAAAAGAGAAACUAUCUGAUGAACAGAUAAGUGUACAAUAUAUAGAUUAUGGCAACACUUUCGUAGUUAAUAUUUGUGAAACAAGUAGGCUGCUUGAAAAAUAUUCAUCAGUUCCAAUGAUGAGUAUUCAUUCCUCAUUGUCUGGAGUUCAGUCUAAACAGUUUACAAAUUGGACAGAGGAAGCAGUGAGUUAUUUUUCAGAAAGAACAAGUGAAGUUCAACUAAACUGUGAAUUUGUAGAGAAACUCAAAGACAGAUGGGAAAUUGUUCUCUAUGACGAGAAAGGUAUGAUAGCAGUGGAUUUGAUUGAUGAAACCUUUGGAGUGAGAGAAGAAUCUCAGUCAACAGAUGCACUUGACAGAAGAGAGAGUGGUGCUGAUGUGUCAAAUCAGUGUGAACCUCUGCCUUUUGAUGAGAACAAUAAAGCUUCUAGUAUAACUGACACUAAAUCACUCUUCUGGAAGACUCCAGAGGUAGCUCAGACUGUAGAAACCUAUGUUACUGUUGUAAAGGGCCCAGAAUACUUUUGGUGUCAGAUGGCUGACCCUUAAAUUAUAAACUACUUAGAAAAAAAACUCCAGGAAACUGGAGAACUUGAAGUAAGCAGUGUGGAUGAGUUCAGAUGUAGUAUUAGAAGUGGUGAUAUUUUCAUAGCAAAGUAUAGUGAAGAUGGAAAAUUUUACAGAGCAAAAGUUAGCAGCAUAAAAGAUAACAACCUAACUGUCAGACAUGUGGAUUAUGGAUCUGAGGAACUUGUUGGCAGAGAGAUGAUUAGACAAAUUCCUGAUCAGUUGCUUACAAUACCUAUACAAGCUUUUCCAUGCUGUCUAUCUGGAUUUAAUUCCCCAGAGGGUUCAUGGAGUAAUGAAGCAGAAGACAAGUUCUAUGACAUGACUGCAGACUAUUUACUAGCGGUCACAGUAAUGGAAAUACAAAAGGAUAACUCUUCUGAAAUUCCCUUAUCUGUUGUUAAAGUGGAAUGUAAUGAAAAAAACAUCAAUGAAGAGAUGAAAUGUUUUUGGAAAUAUAACACUGACAUGACUUUGGCAAACAAUCAGAACGAUUUCAGUGAAAGAAAUGAGGGUCCAGGGACAGAUAAUACAGAUGCUGUUUGCCUUGAAAAAGCUGUGACUUCUACUGGAGAUGCCAAGCAGGAAAAUAGUGCUCUGCAGGAUGCUUUACUUUGUGCGGAACCAUUCCACCUGACAGACAAGGGAUGUCAAAAUACUGCAGAAAUUGAAGAAAAAGUGAUUCUCAAAACUGCUAAUGAGCAUCAGACCAAUUUUGAAAUACUUCAUAAAGCAGAGACUCCUUUGUUUUGCUAUCACUCUCUUUUUUCCAUAAAGAUAUAUGUAGAACCAAAAACAUCUGAACCACAGCUUCUUGCCAGUAGUGAAACAAAGGACUUAGAUCUUGAACUCAAAGCAGAGAUGUUAGAAUUAUCACUUGAAGUACAGUCUUUCCUGGGUGAAGAAAGAAAAGAGCUGUUGGAACUUCCAUCAGCUGAGGUGCAGCCUUCCCUGGAUGAGAAUGUGAAGCUGUUGGAAAUGAAGCAGUUACAAAUGCACUCUGUACUUGAUGAACUAAAAAAGCUCUUACUGGAACUAGAGUCACUCGAAGGGCACCUCCUUGGUGACAAAACAAAAGAAGAGGUACUGGAACUGGAGUCACUAGAAAUGCAGACCUCCUUGACUGAUGAAACAAAGGAAAAAAUGUCAGAACUGGAAUCACUUCAAGUACAGCUUUUGGAUGAUGAAACGAGGGAGCUAAUGAACCUGAAAUCACUUGAAGUGUCACCUUCAUUUAGUAAUAGAGAGAAGUGGUUGGAAAUGGAGUCAUCACUUGAAAUACAGCCUGUAUGCGGUGAUGAAAGAGGGGAACUGUUUGAACUGAUACCAUGUGAGGUACAGAUUUCCUUGGGAGAAGAAACAAAGGAGAGAGUGGAUUGGGACUUGGACUUGCUUGAAGUUCAUCAAGUGAAAGCUGCACCAACUGAGUUGGAAGUGGAGUCUUCUCUAGUAAAAACUUUACAUAGUAAUGAAGCCAGGAAGGAGCUGGAACCAGAGAUGCACAAACCAGAGAUGCACAAAGUCCAGUCUUUGCUUGGUUCGGAAAGAAAAGAGGUAUUGGAACUGGUGCCAUCGGAAGUGCAGGCUUCUCUUGAUGAUGAAACAAGGAAGGACCCGUUAGAAUUGGAACCAUCUAAUUUAGAGCUUUCUGUAGAUAGUGCAGAUCAGCUUUCAUUCGCCAAAACCGACUUAAAAAAGCAGGUGUCUACUUGCCCUGUAGAGCUGUAUGGUGUAGGAAAAGCUGAUAGCAGAGGUGAAAAAUGUAAGAAAUGGCUAACUUUGCAAGAGAAGAGUUGUGCGGAACAGAUGAAACCAGACUUGCAUGAAUUGUUCGGAGAGUAUAAAACUACUCUUGUCAUUGGGGAGUCCUUGAGGCAUAAACCAUCAGAUGAAGAAGAAAUUGAAAUAAGAGAAAAGCAGGAUGCAACUUUAGCUGGUCAUGGUGCAGAGCAAAGUGAGCAUGCCUGUAAUCUAGAGGGAUUUGCUGUUGGCUCCAAUUGUGUGGUGUGGUCAUGUCUGAAGUGGUAUAAGACUCAUAUUUUGGAGAUAUCUGAUGAAGGCACCAAGGAUUUGAAUCUCUCUGCUGGCCAUGAGGAGAUAGUGAAUCCUGAGAAUGUUUGGAAUGGCAUUCCUGAAGUGACUAAGAGUCCAUAUGAGGCAGAUAGCUUGCACUCCUUAUCAGCGGAGGGCUCAGAGUUGAAAGAAAAAAGGGCUAGUUGUGGCUCUGAUGUAAUGGUCCAUAUAUGUAAUGAUCCAUAUAUGUUGUCCAGCAGUCCUGAAAAUGCCACUGAGCAAGGCUUCUAG